AUGACGUUGUUUGCUCAAUUUGCCUUCUCUCCACUAGACGAAAUGGCUGCGAAGGCACCGACGUCGGAAGCCCCGAAGAAGCCCUUGCCCGCGUCGAAGAAGGUCCCCAAACCCAAUGCAUUCCUUGACUGGCUCCUUUGCUCGAUGGUGGCAGUGGAGUGCGUCGUCAUCUACCGCGUCCUCCCGCAAAAUCUGCUCGUCAUGCUCGGAGGAAUGCUCGUCGUGGUGGCAAUUGCCGUGUGGGUGACCAAGGCGACGUUCCGCGUUGUGGGAGGGUAUGUAUCGCGCAACUUCCUCAAGCAUCUCGGAGAUCCCCUGCGCAAGGAAGUCACGAUGCGGAAAUUCACUGACCAGUCGUGGCAACUGGUCAUCCAUGCCUCCAUGUCUGUGCUGGAAUACCUCGUCAUCCGCGAUGAAACGUGGUGGCAAGAUACGACGACUUUGUGGAACACAAAGAGCCCAACGUGCGACUUUCCCGAGCAGAAGUUCCUAACCAACUUUUUGUACAUCACGCAACUCGCGAUUUGGAUCUACACUGCGUUUUCGUGCAAGUUCUUGGAAGAAGUGCGCAAGGACUACCUGAUCAUGAUGACGCACCACGUCGUCACGAUUGCACUGGUUACGUGGAGCUUUGCCAUGGGCUUCCUUCCCGUGGGUGUGUUGGUCCUCCUUUUGCAUGACGCGUCGGAUGUGCCGCUGGACCUGUUGAAGAUGGCCAACUAUCUCAAGCUCGAAGACCGCAAGGGAUUCUUCGUCACAGAAGUCUUGUUUGCCAUCAUGCUGUCGGUGUGGGUCUACUUUCGUGUGUACCUGUACCCGGCCAAGCUCAUCUACACGUCGUUCUGGGAGAAUCGUGAAGCGUGCUGCUUGCCUCAUGAGGCCCACGACCUGAACGUUGUUUUCCCGUACCCUGGGCCGCCGUCGUGGCUCGCGUUCAACAUCCUCUUGGGAAGUCUCUACUUGCUUCACAUCUGGUGGACGUUUUUGAUCUUGCGUCUGUUGAAGGGCGUGCUCACCAAGAGCGUGCACGACGUGGCUGAAGAUGAAUACGAAGGCGCUUCGGACUCGGGCAAGGACGAGUAGUUUCAUGGUCAGACUAGAUCGCGCUGUGACUGCAUGAGGUAGACAUGGAUUGAAUCAUGACGUUUUAAUGCAGCUGAGUGUCGUGCCUCCAUGGUGCGGCGCAAGUUCUGAAACAUUCGCACGCCGAGCCACAACAAUUCAAGAUCGACGGUGGGGCACGCGGCGAUCUGACCCAGGCUUGCCCGGGCCUACUGGGUUUGAAUCACAACC